AUGAUAAUAAUUCUUACAAAAACACCUCCACAUAUGAAAGUCUACAAAUGGAUAGUGGUGAACAUGACGGCUACGACAUUCUUCAGUGAUUUUAUCAUAUGUUUUUUAUUCGACCCAAUCCCAUUAUUUCCGGAAAUCGCUUGCUAUUCAAGGACUUGGUUAGCUAAUGUUAGCGAGGACGCCAGUUACGUACUUCUGUGUGUAUCUAUAGUCAUGCUACAGUUCACCCUUAGCAGUACACUAGUCGCCUUCCUGUACCGAGUUACUGCGCUUGGAAACUUGGCCGGAUCGCUUAAAACUCUCGCCAACUACGAACUGAAAUACACAAUCACCGUUACAUAUUUAAUCGGUCUAGUGCCAGUUGUUAUAGUUCUAAUAACUAGUUACCAGCCAAGAAGCGAAAUGCGAGAUGUGAUAGAGGCAGAACCCCAGCUGUAUUUCCUCCGAGACUACGGAUCUUACCUUGUUGCCAGCAAGAAGGAUUCGAAUUUUAUCGUAUUCCAAGGUGUAUGGCUGGGUUCGGCGUUUCUCAUAGUCGGUUUAUGUGCGGCGAUAGCUGCUAACAUCAUUAUCAAUCUACACAAGAGGAGAGACAGCAUGAGUUCGAGGAGUCUUGAACUACAUCGUUCCCUCAUUGCUCAUUUGAUAUUGCAGAUUACUAUACCCGCGGUUACAACUCUUGUGCCUAUGGUUAUACUUUUUUCUACACGUUACGUUAAAGUACCACUUGGCGCAGCUUUUUGGAAUAUGAUCAUCUCGCAAAUGGUCGCCCUCCAUAGUCCAUUGAACACCAUCGCUAUUAUAGUGGCAACACGACAUUAUCGCAGAGAACUAUUCAGAUAUUUCAGAAAAGGAUUGUACAUAUUUAGCAAUGGAAAAGUGAAUCCCAGACCAAGUUCAUCUUUUACUAAACCAGAAAGUACUAUAAUGACAGGAAUCAGAACUACUAAUAAGUAG